UAUUGACAGCAGCGGUAUUUUUUUGUCUUUGCAGAGAAGUAAAGAUUUAAGACAAUCAGGCAACAUCUUCGUGGUGAGCUUGUCUGUAGCCGACCUGGUGGUGGCACUGUACCCGUACCCUUUGGUCCUGACAGCAAUCUUCCACAGUGACUGGACCAUGGGAGACCUGCACUGUCAGGCCAGUGGCUUCAUCAUGGGCCUCAGCGUCAUAGGCUCUAUAUUCAACAUCACAGCCAUUGCCAUCAACCGCUACUGUUACAUCUGCCACAGCCUCCACUACGACCGCCUGUACAGCCUGAGGAACACCUGCUGCUACCUGGGCCUCACUUGGUUGCUCACAGCCAUCGCCACAGUGCCCAACUUCUUUGUUGGUUCUCUACAGUACGACCCUCGCAUCUACUCCUGUACCUUCGCCCAGACGGUCAGCUCGUACUACACCAUAUCAGUGGUGGUUAUUCACUUCCUGAUUCCACUGCUGGUCGUAUCCUAUUGCUACAUGAGGAUAUGGGUACUUGUGAUUCAAGUGAAACAUCGAGUCAAACCUGAUCAAAGGACUAGGCUGAAACCUAGUGAUGUAAGGAACUUCCUGACAAUGUUUAUGGUGUUUGUGUUGUUUGCUGUGUGCUGGGCUCCACUGAACCUCAUAGGCCUGGCUGUAGCUAUAAACCCUGUGAAAGUUGCACCAAAUAUACCAGAGUGGCUCUUUGUCACAAGCUAUUUCAUGGCAUACUUCAAUAGCUGCCUCAAUGCCAUCAUAUACGGACUGCUAAACCAAAACUUUCGGAAGGAGUACAAGACAAUCCUUCUGGCUCUGUGCAUCCCACGUUUGCUGCUCAUGGAAACUUCCAGGUGUGUCACAGAGGGACUGAAGAGUAAGCCUUCGCCAGCUGUAACGAACAACAACGUAGCAGAGUUAAAUGUACAAACUUGUGUGUAA